UGUCCUUCGCUAGCUGGUGGUUCCUGCAGCAAACAUCACUGCCUUUUCACCUCUCUAAAUCACAAAACUGUGCAAACACCGCGGUAGUUUCAGAUCGACAAAGGUGUGCACAUACACACCUUUGAUUAUAAACAAUCAAGCCGCGCUUAGUCUUAUGCAAACAGCGUCUGAGGGCAACUCAACGACCCACAUCUCUGGGCGCAAGUCGCUGCUUGCUAACUUAGCGUCGUCGUAGCGUGUCAAUGUCAACAGGUUGCUGCAGUGCUUGUUACUGCGGUUGCUUUGAUCGUGUGGCUUUCCGUGAUCGGUAACGGUGCCGUUAAAUAUCAGUCUUCCGUUAAACAAUGUAGUAUUGAUUCAUAAACUCCCAGAUCGCGUAACUCGGGGAAGUCUAAUCAACGGACAGGCUGUCAGGCUGCACAGAGCUACAACAUGAGACAGGAACUUGUUGGCAGCACAUGAAAAAUAACCAUAAACUGGAAGGACACAAAAUGGUGGAUGUUUUCUCAUUUACACCCCCAUUCUCAUGACACCAACAGGAAGAUAUGGGCAUCCUAAGACUGGUAGCCAGAAUCAUGGGUAGGAUCAGUACAUUCAGGUCCUAUCAGUUUGUGCUUCUCUUGGCUGCUGCGCUUGCUGUUGUAGCUUUUUACUACUUCGGCUCUGAGAAGCAGAACUUCUCCAGCACCACCAAGAGGAUCAAGCAGACCCAGGCCAGCCACAACACCAACAGAAACGAUGCAGACCUGACUGUGGACACCAGGGUCUCACAUACAGAUGGAUCUGAGGAGCAAGGAGGGGGAGAGAGCGGAGGUUUCAGGUCAAAGAAGGGGGACAGUGACGCUGCCAACCAACGCUACCACGCACUCAUGAUGUUCACCAAGGUGGACAAGAGCCGGAGCCUGCAGGACAAGUUCAGGGUGGCCAUGUUGUCCAUGGUGAAGCAUGGACGCUUUCUGGAAGGAGAGGUGUUGGUGCUUCAUUUUGUGAGUGACCAGGCCAGCCAAGAACUGGGAGAGAGGAUGCUGCAGGAGUUUCUCUUCGACGCAACAUUUAAGUAUGAGGUGUUGUUUCAUGACGUGGUGACUCUCACGCAUAAGCUCUUCCCCAUUGUGGAGGCCAUGCAGAAGCACUUCAGUGCUGGCUCUGGAGCUUACUACAGUGAUGCCAUCUUCUUCCUGUCCGUAGCCAUGCAUCACAUCAUGCCUGAAAGCCUGACCCGCAUAGUGCAGCUUGACCUGGAUCUGAAAUACAGGACCAACAUCAGGGACCUCUUCCAAGAAUUUGGCCGGUUUCCUCCAGGGGCGGUAAUAGGCAUCACCAGAGAGAUGCAGCCAGUCUACAGACACACCUUUUGGCAGUAUCGUAAGGAGAACCCUCAGACCAGAGUAGGUGAACCUCCUCCUGACGGUCUCCCAGGUUUCAACAGUGGCGUAAUGUUAUUGGACCUGGGAGCAAUGAGGGCCUCAGCUCUCUACAACCAACUGUUGGAGCCCGGAAACGUGGCCAAACUGGCCGACCAGUAUCGCUUCAGGGGCCACCUCGGUGACCAGGACUUCUUCACCAUGAUCGGCAUGGAGCAUCCUGAACUGUUUUAUCCACUGGCCUGUGGCUGGAACAGACAGCUGUGUACCUGGUGGAGGGACCACGGAUACGGAGACGUGUUUCAGCUGUAUUAUCGCUGUGAUGGACCUGUUUAUAUCUUCCAUGGGAACUGUAACUCCCCUAUACCAGAUGACUGACAUACAUGCUGCACUGAGGCUGGAACUGAGAAGGACUCUUCGACAUCUACAGUAUAGUUUAAGGAAAUCAUUUUUCCGGGCCGUUGGGAUUUUAUAGCAGUUUUUGUUUCUUGACCUUGCAGCUGUCAUCUCAGACUCUGCCCCAUGCUGGUCAAGGGGCUACUGAAGGGCCCUACCACAUUUGCUAAAAGUACAGUGUUCAUCAGUGUCAUUUUAGAACAGUAGUUCUCAAAUGUUUUCUCAAAUGUUUCCCUUCAGAAGCCAAAAGAAGCUCACCCCCCCAACCCACAAUUUUUAUCAGUCAUUAACAAUGAGAGGGGGAGCAACUAAUAAAAAGGAUCCGAGUUGAGUUUUAUCGAAAUAAAGGUCAGCACGAUAGCAUCAGCAAACUUUUGUUUGCUUCUUGUUUACUUUCCCUACAUAAAUCAAACUUAGUCUCACUUCAUAUUUUUCCCCUGGUCAUUUACAAGUAACAGAUCCAUUCAUUUGAAUGCCUAUCAGCUACCUAAACACUGCAAAACAAUUUCACAACAUUAUCCGGAAGAACUUUACUGCCCUUGAAAACUGUCAUUAUGGCAGACAUUUCUGUUGUUGUCACAAAAUUAUGGCAUAACUAAGUAUUCUACCAGGAACAUGUUCUCGAAUGUCUCUGAUUGGCCAGUGCUGCACCUUGCUGGGUGGUUGCAUUACAUUAUGCCAAAAGUUCUAUUUUCUUGCCAGUGCUCUCUGCAUUGUCACCACUGCUGUCUGUGUUGCCCUCGUUCGAAUGAAGGGGGGGUUAAUUAAUUUGUCUGUUUGAAUGUAGCCUAAUGCAUCAUACAGUCGAUGUCAAUGUCAAGUCAUUUUUCUUUUCAUUUUAAGAUAUGUUAAUUGAUUUCAAUAAAUUGAGGUAUUUCUGUUGAGAAGAGUCUAAAAGACUGCUAUCCAUUACAGUGGUGUAAGAUACUGUACUGAUAAUUCACAAGGAAUUCAUGUUGCCAAUUGAGCUGCACAGACCAGAUCAACAAAAAAAUAACCAGAAACUAUUCUGAUUAUCAAAUAAGUGUGUGUGUGUGUGUGUGUGUGUGUGUGAGAGAGAGAGAGAGAGAGAGAGAGAUAUACUGAGUACCUUUGGGUUUUGGACUAUUGAUUGGAUAUAACAAGACAUUUAAGGAUGUUACCUUGGGCUCCUGGAAAUUAUACCAGCAUUUUUUGCUCUUUUUGAUUAAUCAGUAAAUCAAGAAAAUAAUCAAAAGACUAAUCGAUAGUGAAAAUAAUUAGCUGUCACCCUAAUUGCUGGAUCUGCACUAAAUAUAGUCAUAGUCUAAAUAUAGUGCUUUGUAUUUACAGUUUAGCUGAGGCCAAACACAGACACAACAUUAGCCAAACAAACACGUUUUAGGGGAAGUGUUGUGGCCAGGAGCAUGACUGCAGACACUGCCCCACUUUUGAGUUUUCUUGCUGUGCUCACUGAAUAAACACCCAGAUUCAAAGAAAUGUCAGCACUCAAUAUUCAUCAGUCUGGAAACUGUCUGAGGUGGUGCACACUUGAGCACACACACACACACACACACACACACACACACACACACACACACACACACACACAGAGUGAAGCAGCUGAAUACCCUGCGCCAUCAGUUAAAGAAAGGCUACUGAAGACACUUGAGAAUAAGCAUUGUUCCAAAUCAAUAAGUUUCCCUUGAAUGCACCCUGAAGCUGACCAGUAUUUUUUCUGCCUCUUUCAGAACCACUCUUUAGUCUCUGUAGCCCAAAAACAAAUCGCUAGCAACAAAAGGAAACGUAGAAUCAGAGUGAAUACUGAAAAAUAACUUCUAAAUUCUCGACUGUACUUUACAACUUCAAAACAGAUGCUUCAUCACUGAGGGUUUUGUUGACUAGGUGAUGGUUGCAUUUAUUUUACUGGCUUUAAUAUAAACUGUUCUUUGUUUUACCAGUGGUUUUGAAUAUUUUGGCUCAUUAACUAUAAAUUUAUUGAGUAGUCUUUGAUUAAUUUCUUCCUCUGCAGGCAGCAAUAGGUUUCCAUGUCUUUUCCUAUGAGAACUGCAGAGGGUAAAAGACGAGACGAGUAAUCCAUCACGGUUACCAAGCCUUUAUUCUUAUUUUUUCAGUACAUAAAGUAAUUAUGCUUCAUUGCAGUAAGAAGUCAGGAAAACAAAUUCUUCAUAGUGGUGCAUUCAAGGACACUCCAGUAUUCCAGGAAAUAAAGUCAUCUGCGUAAAAAAAAUUUGAAUAAAUUAACUAUGUUUUGGAAAAGUCUGACCUAGAAGGAAAGCAGGGUGCAGAUAAAAAUAUUGUGAGUAAGACUGAGUUUGUUGCAUCAUGUAUUAAAAAGCAGAUUUUCAAAUCUCCCACUGUCAGAGCUUGUUUCUACGCAACAACACUGAGUUUAAAAAACAGUCUCUGGUCAAAAUUGCAUCACUAAUUUGAUGAAUACAUGCAAAACAAUAAGUGCAAUAAGUUGUUCAAUAGAUAGAUUACCGUGAUAGAUUAUUGCCAACCAGUAAUCAGAUUAUUAGUGUUCUGUAGCUAUUCAUAUCGUCUUUUAAAAUGUGUCUUUUGUCAGCUGUUUUUCCUUGUGUACUCUGUGCAUCCAUUACAUGAUUUAUGUGUUAUUCUUGCCAAUUUUUAUUACACAAACUCUCCUGUGUAUAACAUCGGUUAAUGAAAAUAGGUUGAGAAUUAAGAUGGAGGGGGACAUGAAUGGUCUGGUGUAACCUCAUAAAUGUUAGAGGUAGUAAACCCUGUAUUUACAAUAUUAAUCCAUGUUCACACCAACAGCAAACACAUUUUGUGCCAGUGUGAAAGCGAUAAAUGGCUGUUCUGCAUCAGUAAGUUGGAUGUGCAAUGCUAUUUUAAAGGGCUUAAUAAAUGUUUGCACAUAAGUGUUUAAGUAAAUGUUCCAUCUCUCACUUGGAAAACCCUCAACAGAUUAGAAAGCUGCUGCGUUCAGUGUUAAACACUCAAGGUGACGUGUUUCUUUCUUGGCAAAAGCAAAUAUGAAAGUAGCUUUUCAUUCCCUUUUCAUAGACGAUGAGCUUCCCGUGACAGAAAAAGAGUAACUUUCUUAUUUUGUUACUUUUGUGUGUGCAGCUUUU